AUGAACGAUCCUGCUCGGGACAAUAUAAGAGAAAGAGAGCAAAAAUGGCUGAAAAUGAUGGCUAACUGGAAGGAAUGGAUGGAGCACAAAAGUGCUAGACUAAAGGAACGUUGUCGUAAAGGUAUCCCUGAUUCACUUAGAGGUCGAGCUUGGAUGCUAUUAUCUGGAGCUAAUGAACAGGAUCUCAGACUUGUUUUAAAGGCAUAUGCUAUGUACAAUGAGAAGACUGGUUAUUGUCAAGCUAUGGCUCUUGCGGCUACACUGUUGAUGCAUAUGCCAGCAGAACAUGCUUUCUGGUGUUUAGUGCAAAUAUGCGAACAAUACUUACCAGGAUAUUACAGCCCUGGACUGUCCAAGCUUCCACCCACUAAUCCUAACGAGGUCCACAAAGGUCUUGAUCCAGUCCUGUAUUGUACAGAGUGGUUCAUGAGUAUAUACUCUCGUUCAUUACCUUGGCCAAGUGUCCUAAGAGUUUGGGACAUGUUCUUCUUUGAGGGAGUUAAAAUAUUAUUAAAAACAGCACUGGCUUUGUUGAGUUUAUGUUUCUCUAAACAAAAGAGCAGAGAUGAAUGCCCAGGGUAA